AAUUAGCAUUUUCCAAUUAGCAUGACCAGCAGCAACAACAACAACGACCACACGACGAGCGCCCUCGCGGUGCUCACCAACACCCCGCUCCUCCAACUCGUGUGCGCCUACCAAGAUGGCCUCACGCCCGAGCUCUCGAGCGUCUUCCUCAUGUACCGUCGACGCAUGCAGCGUUCGCUGGUGCCGCAGAAGAAGCAGAUUCUUGCCAAGAAGGACAUGUUCCGCGGCCAUGUCGCCUUGAAGCUCGUCGAGAAGGGCGACGUCGCGAUGCUCUACGAACUCGAGCGCCAAAUUCCGACCGGGUAUGCGCGCCCGCCUCGCAACGAAUCGAGCUAUGUCUAUGGCAUCAACACGGCGGCGGCGCGCGGCCAGCUCGAUGUCGUGCGCUUCCUCCAUCAACACGACCUGGCCAAGUGCUCGAAAAAGGCCAUGGACGACGCCGCCUCCAACGGCGACCUCGCCAUGGUCACCUACUUGGACAAGCACCGAAACGAAGGCUGCAGCCUCGCAGGGUACAUCUUGGCCGAGAAGCACGGCCACCGCGACGUCGUCGAGUACCUCCUCGCCCACCGCCCGCAAGACCAGAACAAGUGCCCGCCUUCGGACCCGCAGUUUGUGCUGCACCCGCUGCUGUCGUCGGCCGCCGACGCGCUCGCCAAGGUGCCAGCCUGCGGCGUCCAAUAGCCAAGAGGCAGCUCGAAACUCACCUUGCACUCUCCUGCUGCCACGUAUGUCUCACCGACGUUUUCACUGGCGUUGUCGCACAAGGCCCCACGCUGCCUCUCCGCGCUUGCUGCUCUACAUGUCCUUCCGAUGCAUAUAUCUAUCUAUCGAUGUAGCUAGUCCAUGCUUGCUUCCAUAACACAACAGAGACGACCGAACGUCCA